AUGGUUGUCUCUCCUGUUCGCGCGAAUGAGGACAGUAGGACAAGAACAGCACCUGGAUUUCGCGAAGCCGACGACGGUCGUUCGCACUCCCCGAACAGCUCGGAGUCUCAUUCGAGUACGUACUCUUCAUCAACCACGGCGUCGCUAUCGACGGGCACUGGUUCGGCCUCCUCGGACUCGCGCCCGCAGACACUGACUACUGAGGCGUCAGACUGGCGAUCAUCGGGGCCCAAGCCCAGGAGCCUGUACUCCAACCCCUCGCCUGAACCCUCGCCCCGUGCCUCGUCGUUCGGCGAGCGCGAUGCUUUCACGGUUUCUGUCACUGCUGACCUGCGGGAGCCUGACGUCGACGUCCUGCAACGUCGGCCUUCGAUUGUCACCGACGACAACUUCCUAUCCACGCGACGAGCGGACGGCAACCUCCUCACACCCGUCUCGCCAUCGUCGAGCUCGCCAUCUCCCAAUUCCCCGGUACCCGCCUAUCCCGGAUGGCUUUCUGCUGUGGUUGCUCCGCUCAAGAGUUUUAUCAAUGACCGACUUGAUCCGCGUGAUUUGUACACAGAUCUCCGGGAGAUUGCUGAAGGCGAGAGCGGAUCGGUCUACGCCGCACGCGUUCUAGCUUCACCCACAUCUCCGGAGAAGAAACCCGAUUCGUUUGUCGCCAUCAAGAAUAUUGCGAUCAUGCCUUCCGGGUCACCCAAGAUCGACGAUCUCCAGCGAGAGCUGACGCUGAUGAAGGGCCUCUCGCAUCCGCACAUCCUGACCAUGGACGCGCUAUACGUGGACUUGGUGGAGGACUCGUUGUGGAUACGCAUGGAGCUCAUGGAGCGCAGUAUCGCGGACGUCAUUGCCCUUGUCGAGGAGGGUAUCGAUCUGAGCGAGAAGAUCAUGGCGCAAAUUGCUCGCGAUGUGGUGGAUGCACUCUGCUACUUGCAGUCAAAUUGUAUUGCACAUCGAGACGUUCGUUCAGACAAUCUCCUCGUCGACAAGGAUGGCGUCGUCAAGCUUGCUGACUUCUCCAAUGCCGUUCAAGUCACGCAGUCGGAUCCUAUCUGUUGUGAUCCGGCAGGUGUCCCCUACUGGCAGGCGCCUGAAAUCAGGAGAGGGGGAUCAUACAAUGCUCUCAAAGUCGACGUAUGGUCGCUCGGUGCAACAAUAUGGGAACUCGCGGAGACCGAGCCCCCGUUCAGCGACAUCGCCGACCCAAGGCAGUUCGGGACAGAACUGCCAUCCCUUCGCCAGCCCGAAAUAUACUCACGAUCUCUACACGAUUUCCUGAAUCUAUGCUCAAGCUCAAGCUCCUCACGACCAGAUCCCCACGACCUACUAAGCACAUCUUUCAUCCGCAAUCUCAGUGGGCGCCGACCCAUCAUUGACUUGCUUGCUGAGUGUCGAGAUAUCGAAGAGCGCUUGUCCCGGCGACAAAGCACCGAUUCGGCAGGGACGGUGUCGCGGUCAUAG